CUGAUCAAGUUUGAAGAUUGAGAUAAAAGAAUUCUGUUCGACGAAUUCCUUCUCACUUCAUAUUUUCGAGAUUUGAAGAUAGAUAGACGCGCAAAAGUUCGGUAGCUACAUUAUAUAUCAGAUAAUAUGCUAUUCAAAUCGAAGACUGUCGCCACUGUGCUGGCUGUUUUAAUAUUGGACUUCACAGAUGCACGGCAAACGGCGAGCAUCUUCAAUCCGUUCGCAACUACUUUCAACCCCGUCGUCACAGUUGCCACGAGCGCAUCUGUUACGCCGACUACAUCUGUGUUCAAUCCCUUUGGCACUGUUGCCAGUACUUUUAAUCUUUUCAAUACAGCCGUGAGUAGCUCGAAUGAAGCAACAAUUCUGACUUCCGGUGGAUUCCCUAUCUUUUCAACUAUUCAAUUCCCAAGCACUAUACCUGACACCACAACGGUGUCAAGUACAGACCUACCUACUUUCACAAUUGAUACCUCAACGUCCGAAUUAUCAACGUCCGAAUUUUCAAGUACAUCUACAACUGUUUCGUUCAUUACGAUCACAAGCACUGAAGAUAUUACAACUACAAGCACCGAGGAUAUCACAACUACAACGACUGAGGAUAUCACAACCACAACCACUGUAGCUGACAAUACAACCCUGACAGCGGUAGUGAAUGGCCCGUACACUGCGGUCCAGUUUAUCCCUCAGACAUUCAGUGCAGAUGGUUCGUCAGCUAACGCCCAGUUUUAUAUUUGGACAUUCGGAGAUGAGAUACCUGGACGCACUAACACUACCGUAGUACUUGGCACAGAAGUGAGUCACACGUAUACGGAGGCGGGUAUCUUCGAUGUAUGUCUUAUUGUGGAAGUAGAUGGUGAACGCUCCGACGCAGACUGUACCGAAGUCGAUGUGGCUGUCGGGGUGACGGUGGCGGAGGAAACAACCACGACAUCCAGUACAAGCACGACAUCUAGUACAACCACGACGACCACUACAGAGUUUGUGACCGGUGUUGUUCCGGGUGUUACUGUGGAUAUCGAGAAUACCGAAGGUACAGGGACCAACACGCUCACAACGGAUACUCUAGCUACAGCAACAGUAGAUCCGUUGGAUACGGUGACAAAGACUAGCUUGACCACUACCAACGUCGCUACUGUAGUGGUAACGACCUUAGAGCCGAGUGAUGGUGUGGAUGGCGAGUCAGGCUUCUUUGUGGAUUUCAGCGGCUUGUUCGGAAGUGACGAAGAGAGUGAAACACCAAUCGACUUGUCGGGACUACAGGCAGAUGCCGGAGGUCCAUACUACGGUAGUGUGGGAGUCAACAUUGAGUUUGAUGCGAGUUUGACUACACCCGGGGGCGAUGGGGAUCUGCAAGAUCUGAGUUUCCAGUGGCGCUUUGGGGACGAAACGGCCACUACGCCCAGCACAGUAGUAAACGGCUCCACUGUAGUUGACCAUACAUAUUUGGCAGUGAAUGAGUACAGGGUGUGUCUGACCGUGAUCCAAGGCGACGGUGCGAGUGUAGACUGCACUACUGCGUUCAUUGAGGCAAACGAAGAGAUUGUCACGGCUGAGCGGGCUGAAAAUCUGCUUACAGAAUUCAAUGAAGAAGACUGGGAUGAGGUCGGCACUGGUUUCUCAGUGGCCAAUGGUGUGCUACUCGCAGAAGUCAACGGAGGAGGCUACCAAGAGGUGAAACUAAACCAAACCAGGACAGGACAGCUGUUCCUGCAGUGCUUCACGACAGCGUUUGACUAUAGCGCAUUCACUGAUGAGCAAAGUUUGCCCGUUCUCCGAGUCAUGGUCUUCUACGAGGACCAAUUGGAGACCGUUGAGAACUUCAGCUUCAGAGCACCAGAGAGCAGUGAAGGCGGCGAGACACUGAGCUACGUCAUCAACCCCGCCCUACCGGUUAAGAAUGCCACAGUUUACGCACUGCACAUCGGCGAUGUGGGACAGUCGACAUUCGAGGAUAUAUUCUUUGGUCCUGUGGUACUGUUCUGAGCGUACACGCACUCGGAAUUACACCUAAUGCACCUAUUUUAUAAGAAAGGACUUCUGCUUCUUACAAGGACAUAUUCGAUGGGUAAAGGCUUGCAAACGCUACACCCGUUAGACGAAAACUUAGUACAAGGCACACGCUCCGAGGUUGAGAUGGGCCUCGGAAAGACUGCCCUGGAACAACGCCCCUGAUUACUCUGUGAUGUGAUACAAAAGCUCAACUGGCAGAUAUAAAGCCAUAACCUAACAAACUCAUGGUUAUGCACGUGCAUGCAUGCACGGUAACGGUAUACAGCUAUAACCUACCCAACUUAUGGUUAAGCACGUGCAUACAUGUGCGUACGCAACAAAGACGGCGACAAAAGACUCGCCGGACUAAGCAACGCAAUAAAGAGACCCCUCUCUCGAAAGAGAGGGGCAUGUACAAUUCA